AUGGCGGGCUCCUCCGCCGUGUACACGCCCUGCCGGCCCCACGCCCACGGCCGCCUCCUCCCGUCCGACCAGCCGCAGCAGCGCGGCCUGCUCGCCUGGCGGACGAGGGCGAGGGGCGGCGCGGGCGCGGGCUCCCGCGCGAGGGCGAGCCUCGUGGCCACGGCGCCGGCGAGGACGGCCACGGAGGAGGCGGUGUACGAGGUGGUGCUGCGGCAGGCGGCGCUCGUGGAGGACCUGCAGGGGAAGCGGGGAAAGGAGGCCGCCGCGGCGGGCAGGCGGCGGUGGCGGGAGGAGGAGGAGGAGGCCGAGCUCGGCUGGGGCCUCCUCGGCGACGCCUACGACCGCUGCGGCGAGGUCUGCGCCGAGUACGCCAAGACCUUCUACCUCGGUACACAGCUUAUGACUCCUGAAAGGCGCAAGGCUGUUUGGGCAAUCUAUGUAUGGUGCAGAAGAACUGAUGAGCUGGUAGAUGGCCCUAACUCAUCCUAUAUUACACCGAAGGCACUUGAUCGAUGGGAGAAGAGAUUAGAAGAUCUAUUCGAAGGCCGCCCUUAUGAUAUGUACGAUGCAGCACUUUCAGACACAGUGUCGAAGUUUCCAAUAGAUAUCCAGCCAUUCAAAGACAUGGUUGAAGGCAUGAGGCUUGACCUGUGGAAAUCGAGGUACAGGACCUUUGACGAGCUUUACCUCUACUGCUACUACGUCGCUGGUACUGUUGGUCUCAUGACGGUACCGGUGAUGGGCAUUGCCCCGGACUCAAAGGCCUCAGCCGAGAGCGUGUACAACGCCGCACUAGCUCUUGGCAUUGCUAACCAGCUGACGAACAUACUCAGAGAUGUAGGAGAAGACUCUAGGAGGGGGAGAAUAUACCUUCCACUGGACGAAUUGGCACAAGCGGGUCUGACAGAAGAGGACAUAUUCAGAGGGAAAGUGACAGAUAAAUGGAGGAGGUUCAUGAAGGGACAAAUUCAGCGCGCCAGGUUGUUCUUUGAUGAGGCUGAGAAGGGCGUCAUGAGUCUGGAUUCUGCGAGCAGAUGGCCGGUUCUGGCAUCACUGUGGCUGUACAGGCAGAUCCUCGACGCCAUCGAGGCGAACGACUACAACAACUUCACCAAGCGCGCGUACGUAGGCAAGGCGAAGAAGUUCCUGUCCUUACCGGCGGCAUAUGCGAGGGCGGCUAUUUCGUCAUGAGCACAGCAAUCCCUAGAUCAGAUGUUUAUUAUUUUUUGUUCCUUGUUAUCUCUUCUUCUUUUUGGUCCUUCCACGCCGUGAGAUUGUUAUUGGCUGUUGUAUAUAGUUCAGCUGUAUGUUCGCCAUAAGCCAUUAAGGCCGCAGCAGUAUUUAGUUCUAGGGACUGGUUUCAGGUCCCACAGUAACUGAACUCUUGUUAUCUCAUACACACACACACACGGAGGAGAAUGAAAUGAAAACCGCUCCAAUUUAAGAA